AUGUCUUCUUUCGGUUACCACUUUCAACACCAUCCUUCUACAGCUUCCUCGGGCAACCGCUCGCUCCCAACUUUCAUUGAGAAGUUCGAGGCAGGGAGGUCCUUCGAGAUGGAGGAUGAUUUUGCAUUCAUCCCAGAGCUGUGUACCGAAGAAGAACGUCAAAUGAUGGACUUCUCGGGUUCAGAUCGCUCAUCAAACUCCAGCGGAUCACCUCAGUCAUCUCCACUACAACACCAAGUACAGCCUUCGACUGCUUACCCUCACGCUGCCCCAUAUGCGAACAUGUUCAACCCCAAUAUGCACAUGAAAUAUCAAGCCCCCGCUGCGCUACCUCCAAGACAGCGCAACGCCAUCCCCAUUGUCAACCCCAACACUGGUCUGCGAGUCGCAUCUCCCCCUCUUGCAUCACCUAGCAGGAUGCCUACCUCUAAUCUGGCAAGGAGGGUAUGGUAA